CUUCGACUGAUCAUUUCUUACAUAUCUUCUCACAUCUCAGAUCUACUAUGACGUGUUAAAAGACCACUCGUCUCCUAUCUAAAGUUAGAGAGGUACGGUACACUGUACUGUGCUAUAUUCAGCUCCCCCACACCCGACGGGAGGGAACUACGACUACGCGGGGGGCCAGCUUCCCAGCGCUUGCAUUACGCAGUUACGCAGUAAUACUCCGUUCCUCCCCCCCACAAAAAGCCCUAUUAGGCCAAGUGCACAAUCCCAAGUAUACAUUCACCCUUCUUACAUACACAUCAUAACUUGGAACCGUAUACUUCUCCAUAAUCGCCAGAAAUUUAACUAGAUAAGCAUCUAUUCGCCCGCCGACGAGAGCGUUUCCCUAGUUUGCCUUAGAUACCCACCAAUAGUCUCGAGCUAGCGAGACCCGGGGAGACUGGAUAGAGGAAGGGAGAAAGGGAGAGUGACCCACGAGAAGAACGAUGAGCGCCCACCAGACCGGCGCAGGAGGCUUUGGCUCUGCUAGACCGCCCAUCGGUAUGCCAGUGCCGGGGGCGACCGCGGCGCCAGUCGAGUCGUUCACGCCCGAAAUGCGGGAUCGACAGGCUCGGGGCAAGGACCCUUAUGAAUCGUCCGAAGGGAGCGGCGGCGACUGGCCGAGCGAGGGCGGUAAGAAGUAUCGGAAGGGCGGCUCCAGGAAGGAGGCCUUCUCCACGGUGGAGAGACGCCGUAUGGCUUCCCAGGUUCUCGAUAGUCCGGAGCUGCUCAUGAUGGCAGCGCAGCGAGAUAAUGAGAGUAUACCAGCAACCCGUUUACGAUAUAUGCGCAUGCUCUGCGGUCUCGAGCAGUUCUCGAAGAAGCCGCAGCGGGGCGGUGUUCCUGCUUCGCGGGUGGCUAGCGUGUCUACGCCCGGCCGCCCCUCUAGGAAGGACACGCGGUGAUUGGCCUCGUCGGGCGGGACAGCGGUCGCGGCUCGGCGGUGAUAGUUGUGUUCGUCCUUGGAGAAAGGGGAGGUGUCUCGGGCUGCUCGAUUCGACAGGAACGUUGUUUUCUAGCCAGCUAUGUGACGUUACGAGGCCCUUCUACGAGGCCAUCUGGGGCCGUCGGAGGUGGCAGGGUUUCAAGAGAUGAGACGGGAUGAGGAGUCAGAAGGACGGUUAGUAGAGGUGAUUUCGUCCAAACCCUAGAUAUAGAUACAAGACUGGAAGGGGAUUCUAGAAGCAGCGCGACCUGACGUGCCGUCUCUCCGCUCGAGCACCUCGCUAUCGAGAGGACAUGGGAAGGAACAGAGCCCGAGUCCGCGGUACAGGCGCACGGUACGCUCUCUGCUCAGUUCCCCUACCGCCCUAAUGGAUACCCCAAGUGUGUGCGUCAUUUCUCUCAUCGAACAAACGUCAUUACAAACUGAGAAACAAACAUUCGGCAUUAAAGGAUUACACAGUCACGGCAGAACGCAUGCAAAUGCAAAACCCCUAUAGGAGGGGAGAAGGGGUAGAGUCGGCGG